AUCUGAUCAAUGCUCAGACCCUGGCCUGGAUAGGGGUGUACUUCUCUCCUCUCCUCCCUGUCGUUCAGCUCAUCAAACUCUUCCUAAUCUUCCACCUAAAGAAGACCAGUAUAAGGAGCUGCCAUCCUCCCAGCUCCUGGAGUAGGGUGGGUCAGAUGCAGACCCUCUUCAUCUCCCUCCUCUUCCUCCCCUGUUACCUGGGGACUCUGGCCCUGCUGGCAUACACACUCUGGAGUCUCCCUCCCUCUAGUGUGUGUGGUCCGUUCCAGGACCAGGGCUGGGUGAUGCAGACUGUAGACCAGUGGAUAGCCUCCCUUCAGGCCUCUCAACCCCACUCUGCCUGGCUGGCUUGGAUCAUCAACGUUAUACUACACAGUCAAGUCUUCUACUGCCUCCUAACACUCAUAGUGCUGGUGGUGAUGUACUUCCUGUGGCAGGUGACUCAGGGUCGUAAACGUCUCAUCAUGUCUCUACGGGAACAGAUCGUCAACGAGGGGAAGGACAAGGCCUUUCUCCUCAGGAGGUUACAGUGUCUACAGAGACAGGGAGCAGGCAGAUCUAGACCACAGGUGCACUUCGAGGAGGAGAGACCGACCAGGCCAGAGUCAGGGCAGCUUAGAGAAGAAGCACGCCCUCCUCCCUCCUUCCAACACCCAUCCCCCCCCAUGGAGGCCCCCUCCGUGUUCACUCGGCCUCCCUGGGACAGCUCCCCCAGGCUAGGUAGAGCCCAGCCCCCCAGCCCCCGUGGUGGAGCCAGCCCCAGAGGCAGCCCUGGUCGCGGCCGGACCCCAGCCAGCAGGCAGGCGUGCUGGGUAGAGGAGCGACCAGCUCCUCCCCCUCCAGAUCCACUGUGGCCAGUCAGGGGUAGAGGAUGGCUUCAGGGAAGGCCCGCGGGGGCCCAGAUUGGAGCCGCUGCCUGCCCGCGAGGUACCCAUCCUGCCUGGGUCGGUGCCUGA